GGAACUUCCACUGUCACACCUCUUAUUACAUCUGUAACAAAGCAUACGUGGUAUGAUUUACACACGGCUGACUGCCCUCCUGGUUCCUUGUAUGUGUUCAGAAGUUUUAUGAGCUCCCUCCUGCUGCUUAUACAAAAAUCUCCAUCCGGUCGCGUCCUUCCGGUCUGCAGGGGCGUGUUCGUGGCCACGCCCCAGUUUGCGCGUCCCCGUCAAUUUCCUUUUGAAGCGGGGGCGCGUCUGUGCCGAGGACUGCCUUGUCAUUGUAUCCAGAGAGAAACGCGUGGUCAGCGGCACCGCCGACAGACAGACAGCCCCACUGCAGCCUAACUGGUAAUUGGUGGUGUGUAAAGUCAGACUUUGAGCCAGACAUGGAUACUGAAAAGAGCGACGAAAUUUUUCAUGCGUCAGAGACUCCACAGCCAGAGGAGACUGUAAUGGAAAAAGAGGUUGUGUCCAAACUGGAGACAGCGGAGGAGACUGAGAAGCCACCAGCUGCUGACGAAGACAUUGAGCAGAUGGCAGUGAAUGGUCAUGAUACUGAAGUCAUAACUUCACAAACAGAAGACAUAACUGUACCAGAAACUGUUGCAGUGCCUGCAGAGGAACCAAAGAAGACAGAGAUUGAGGAUAACUUGCCCACAGUAACAUCUGAACCUGUGUCGGAGCCUGUUGAGGUCGCAUCACCAGAACCAGUUGAGUCAUCUGAAACAAUCUCUGGCCCAGUUGGAGCUUUAGACACAGAACCUGAAAACAUCCAGCCUGAACAGCUGCCUGUGCCAGAGAAUGACCCAGAACCUUUGCCUGUGCAAACGCCUCUGGCAGACAGUGCCCCUGAACUAGAGCCAGAGAAAUUGGCAGAAACGAUUCCAGAAGCCGGACUCGAAAAGCAAACAUUACCUGAACCAGUCAUGCUGCAGCAGCCAGUGGAUAUACAGCCACCCAGCCAAGAGGAGAAAGGGUCAGAACAAAUGGAAACAGAGACAGAACUGAAGACUACAAUGGAUGCUGUGGCGGAAGAAGUUGCCAAAAUGUCUGUGACGGAUACAGAAAAACCAGCAGAAACCGUGGCGGUGACAGUAGCUUCCCCUGAUAAAACGGCAGUAACCGUGUCAGUGACAGAGGCUUCCCCAGAAAAACCAGCAGCAACGAUGCCGGUGACAGAAGCUUCCCCAGAAAAGCCAAAAGAAGCUGCGAAAGUAAAGGAGGAGGCAUCUGCUGAAAUUGAAAAUGUUAAACCUGCUGAGGACAAGAAGGAACCGGAAAAAACAGCUGAGUCUGAUACCGUGAAGGGGGCUGAGGCGGCACCAGGAGGCGAAGGUGUUAAAUCUGAGAAAGAUGCUGAGCCUCAACAGGAGGAGGAUCCAGUCCCUGCACCAGGCUCCCUGUCCUUUGCCCUCCUGGAGCGAGAGCAGACCAAAGAUGCCCUUCGAAUCUCUCGUACCCUUGUUGUCCUCAGAGGCCUUCCAGGAAGUGGUAAGAGCUUCUUGGCUCGUGCCAUCGCUGAUACCUACAAAGAGCUCUGCUCAGUAAUCAGUGCUGACGACCACGGUGUGAAGCCAGAGAGUCCAGAAUCAUCCGUGGAAGGAUACAAGGCUCUGGAUGAGGCUGUGGUGGCCCGUUGCAGUGCAGGAACAUCUUCCCCUCUGCUGCUGGUGGUGGACGACACCAACCACACCCAGGGUCGGCUGGCCCGCCUGGGGGAGAUUGCAGAGCAGCACAAUCUAGUCGCUGUCUUUUUGGAGCCCCGUACUGAGUGGCGCAGAGAUGUAGCACAGCUGAUCAAGAAGACCAAGCGUGGACUGGAGCAGGCCAAACUGGAAUCCAUGAAAGGUCCAAUUGAGGAAAUGUCCCUUCCUCUUUACUUUGGCUGGUUUCUUCUCUCCUCCGUCCAGGACAAGGUCAGGUGCACAUCGAUGGACUUCCUGAAAACGCUGGACACCCUGGAGGCCUUCAAGAAACACCUGAUUGACUUCACUGGGAAAGCUGAGAAGGAGGUGGAUUUGGAACAGUACUUUCAAGCCAAAGGGGCCCUCCACUGCACUACAAAGUUCUGCAACUAUGGAAAAGCUGAGGGUGCCAAAGAGUAUGCACAGAUUCCAGCAGUCAACGAUCUCUACGGUUCUGUGUUUGAGCUGUCACUGAGCGCUCUCUUUGUCACUCCUCGCACCGUUGGGGCCAGAGUGUCCCUCACCGAGGAGCAGCUUGUGCUGUGGCCAGCCGAUGCCGAAAAGGAGGUUGAGUCCGCCGCCUCCCUGCCUCUGGGAAGCCGAGCCCAUGUUACUCUGGGUUGCGCGGAGGGUGUUGAUCCAGUUCAAACAGGUCUGGAUCUGCUCGAUAUCCUGGCACUGCAGCAUGGCGGCCAACAGGGGGAGCUUGUGGAGGAGAUGGAGCUCGGGUCGCUGACCUAUUACGGCGAAGGAAGGUGGCUGCUGAGUCUCAGAGAGCCAAUCUGCACACUGGCCUGCUUCUCCAGCUGCUAUGAGUGCAAGGAGCUCGGGCUGACCGCAAAAGGACCGGAGAAGAAGAAGAAGCAAAAGUGCGCCAUACUGUAAAUGGCAAACAUGGGGCUGUGUGGCCGGGAUGACUGGUGAUUCAAAACUUAGGCUUACUCUGUGCAAGGUUUGUGUGUUUGUGCAGUGUUUAGGGUUUCAGUUAUCACCACCCUAAAUCCACAAGCUGUGUGCCUUUUUUUACUGUUGAUUUGCACCACAAUCCAAGAUGCCUUCAGUCCAGUUAGGCUUGUUAACGUUGUUGAAUAUCUCGUUUCACAUAUCAGUGCCAGAGUUGCAGUGCCUGGCUAUUUGCUGAGGUGGAAUUAGCAGCAGUUUUAGACUAAGGUAGCAUAGCCUCCUCCCACAACUCCACGUAGAUUCCCUCUUCUAUACCUGUCAGUGUCUCUCAGUAUUCAGAUAUACAAAAACUAGGUACUUUCAUUGCAUGCACCCCAGGUUAACGGUAUCAACAUAUUAACACAUUUCUGACCUGCUUUAAGUACCACUGCCGCUUCAACACAGUUUCUCUCGUGUUUCCUUUGUCUUAGCUGUAAGUUAAAAAGAUUAGCUGUCAUUUCUGUGUGUGUGUGUGUGUGUGUGUGUGUGUGUGUAUGUAUGUGUGCGGGUGUGUGCGCGCGCAGCCUAGGAAGUUAAAUGUUACAAUAGCAUAUGGGCCAAAGUUAUCUAUUUGAUUAAGUGUAUUAGAAUGAAUGUCAUUUAUAGAGGUCCUUCCUUGUAAAAAAAAUCUUUGCACUCUGCAUAGUUUGAAAGGGAGAAUGCUGAUGAAUUUGGUAUUUGUUUCAGCAGCUUGCACUUAGUAAUUAUCAAAUGCUGUGAAUCCAAGUCCAUAUUUUGCAAUCUUUUUCUACAGCGCAAGACUGCACCAUUGAUCCCUUUUAUCCUCUUUGAACAGCACUUCAUAAUGCAUUUCAAUUUGUAUCCUCUGUGACUGUAAUUUUUGAAGGGCAAGUCCUACUUUGUGUAGCUCUUAUGAAUCACUAUUUUUGCACUUGUUUUGUACACUUAAUAAAAAAGAACAUGCUUUGCUCCAGUAA